CUUAGUUAGUGAGAGAGAGAGAAGACAGAACAGUCACUACAAGAAAGAAACCUCAGUAUUUUCCCACUUCCACAAGCAGAUUCUUUAGUCUCUUCAGCAAUGUCUGGAUUUAGCUGAUUUAGAAGAAGUCAUCAGUUACCCCAAGCUAGGACAUUCCUGGAGCCAUAGAUGCACUGGAUUUAUUUAAUGGUAAUUUAUGUACAGCCUCCCCUUUGGAUAGAAGCACAGGUGCUCUAACAGUGGUCAUAGAGAUCUGGGGGGAAAUGAAUGUUUUGCUAAGGAACAAGUCAGGUUGUAUACUCCUUUGGGGCUACUUGUUAAGGUUUAUUGUGGCUGAUUUCACACUGGACAAUGAGGUCCACUCUAGCUUUAUCCAAAGGAGACUGCGCAGCCAGGAGCGCAGGGAGAUGCAGAGGGAGAUUUUAUCUAUCCUGGGAUUACCACACAGGCCGAGACCUCAUUUGUACGGGAAGCAAAAUUCUGCACCAAUGUUUAUGCUGGAUUUAUACAAUGCAAUGACUGUUGAGGAAGAGGAGGCUGAAGGCUUUUCCUAUCCUUACAAGCCAAUCUUCACCACACAGGGUCCACCACUAGCCAGCCAACAGGACAGCAACUUCCUCAAUGAUGCAGAUCUGGUUAUGAGCUUUGUUAAUUUGGUGGAGCAUGAUAAAGAAUUCUUCCAUCAAAGGCGACACCACCGUGAGUUCAGAUUCGACCUUGCCAAAAUUCCAGAUGGUGAAGCCGUGACGGCCGCUGAAUUCCGGAUAUACAAAGAUUAUAUUAGGGAGAGGUUUGACAAUGAGACUUUCCAUAUCAGUAUCUAUCAGGUUCUGCAGGAACACCCUGGCAGGGAUUCAGACCUGUAUGAGCUGGACUCCAGAACGGUAUGGGCUGCAGAGAGGGUUGGCUGGUUUUUGGAUAUCACAGCAACCAGUAACCACUGGGUGAUAAAUCCACUGCACAACCUUGGCCUGCAGCUGUCUGUGGAGAGUAUCGAUGGGCAAAGUAUUAAUCCAAAAUUGGCUGGCCUGAUAGGUACAAACGGGCCCCAUAACAAGCAACCGUUUAUGGUUGCAUUCUUUAAAGCGACUGAAAUCCAUUUCCGCAGUAUAAGAUCUGCUGGAGGGAAGCAGAGGAACCAAAACAGGUCCAAAGCUCCAAAAAGCCAGGAAGCACUUCGGGUGGCGAAUGUCGCAGAAAAUAGCAGCUCGGAUCAGAAACAAGCCUGCAAAAAACACGAGUUGUAUGUCAGUUUCCGAGAUUUGGGAUGGCAAGACUGGAUUAUUGCACCAGAAGGUUAUGCUGCAUAUUACUGUGAAGGGGAAUGUGCUUUUCCUUUAAACUCCUACAUGAAUGCAACAAACCACGCUAUUGUGCAGACACUGGUUCAUUUCAUUAACCCAGAGACCGUUCCAAAACCAUGUUGCGCCCCUACCCAACUUAAUGCCAUUUCCGUCCUUUAUUUUGAUGACAGCUCCAAUGUUAUAUUAAAGAAAUACAGGAAUAUGGUUGUCAGAGCCUGUGGCUGCCACUAGUUGUGAGAACCAGGCUUCUAUGUCCCUUGAGAGCCAGGGGAUCAUCAGGUUCAGAGUUCAAGGUGCACCCACACAUAGAACCAAUUUAAAGUGGCAAUCUCUAGUGACAAUAGGCAAGAGUCACAUUUUCAACAAAAGUAGGACAAAAGUGAGGAUUGAUUACAACCUUUUUAGGUUGCGCUAAACUUGACACCAGAGAUUUUAGAGUGGGUUAAUGGCGUCACAUUUUACUAGUAAGAAACGAAACUGGUUUACAUCAAAAACCCCUCCUCAAUGUCAGGGAUGAUGAUGCCCCGUUAAAAAAACCUUGAAACUUUAACAAUUAAUGUGAUGAAGAGAAUCACAUAAAAUAAACUAGUGAUGUUACAUUUCCUUGAGUUGAGAAGCCCAUAAGUAGUAAGGUAUGAGGGUAAAGAGAGGUUUCUGGAACUGAAAGCCUUAUAUGCAAAGCCUUUAUCCAAUUUAAGUAGUCCUUUAUGAUAUCAGUUGAAGCUCAUUUUCUGUUGAGCUAGAUUUUUGGUUACUAAAAUAUUUACUGGGUGGGAUUUUCAAUUUAAAGAACAUUUGGCAUGUUCUUUGAGCAAGAAUAAUUUAUCUGAAUUUAUAACUGACCACUAUUUCAUGAGUGCUGUUUACAUUUUCAAAACAUUGUCCUAGAAUAAUUUAAAGCAAGUUGAUCCUUUGUUUUGACAUAGUACAAGCUAACUGCAAACUAUUUCAAGAAGCAAAAGGAUUAUCAAAAACAAAGAUAUCUAAAAAAAAAAAAAAAACUACACAUGCAUUGUGUUUUCGUUUUUUCCUUAUUUCCUGUUCAGUAAUGUCCCUUACAAAUUAACACAGUUUGUGCAAUGUAAUUUCUAUUUAAGCCUAUUAACAUAAUUUCUUAUGCAUUUGUCAAUAGUACCUUUUAUAACAGUGGACAAGAGAAUAAAUAUUGUCAACAUAAAGUUAUUGUGAGUUGUCUACUGAAGGGACCAAUGGAAUAAAUCAUAUACAAGUUGAGUUCUUAGAGAUGGUUGAUUUAUUUCUAGAGAGCUGCCUCUAAAUAUAUAUUAAAACAAAGGCCUCCAUGUAUUUUCAUAUAAUCUAGUGAUAAUGUUGAAGUUAUAAAAUGUGAUUGAAUAAGCAAAUAUAAAUUAAAUAAGGAUAUGUCUCUUAGAAGUCUAUCAAGAACCUGUCCAAUAUAUUUCUCCUUCUAAUCAAAUUCUUCAGAGAAUGUUGAAGGAAUCUGGACAAUAUACAACUGGCAAAAGCCCAAUUCCAAAGGGAGCUGAUUUUCACAUCAGUGUUUGGAAAUUAUAUAUCUGCUGAAGAGUCGUCAUAGGAAUUUACCAAGUGGGUUUAGUUUUCGUGGAUGCAGUAUGGAUCCCACAUACAGUAUUGCACAUAAUUUGACUUAAUUUUGGGGCAAUUUACUUGACUCAGUUUAUUUUAAACAACUCUCUGUUGGACUUCGCUGGAUUUAUGAAAGACAGAACUGCAGGAGCAUCACAAAAAAGGCAGUGGCUCAGAAGAACGAACACAUAUCUAACCUUGGAAACACCUUGCUUUGAGACUGUAUAGUAAAAAACAAGCUGAACAAAAUACAAAAAUGUUAAUAUUUCAUAGUGUUUUUAAUUAUUUAUUUUUGUUUAUGUUUUUUUCAUAGAAAAUAAGAAAUAUUUAAUUUGACACUAAAUAACAAAACCACUGCUUUCCUUCACAGUGCAUUCAUUAGAAGGGUUAGAUUUCUAGAAUAUUUGCUCCCCAUUCAAGCCUGUAUCCCUCUCUUCUUUCUCGCACGUGUGUUUGUGCCUUCCUUUCUGUCUGUAUGUGCCUCAUCCCUCUCACCUUGUUCAUCUCUUUCUCUGAAUCUGUUUCUGGUGGACCUCCCUCUAGUAUAAAGGCAAAAAUCAGAAUGUAGAAUAAAGCCUUGGCCAGAGUGAAGGAUCUCUAGCAACUUCUGACACAUUUUGCCAAUGAGUAGAGACUACAACUGUGACUGCAUUUCCAUAGCUACUAGGCAUAUGCACUCAACUCGCUCGCUGCAUUCAGCUCUUUUCGGUAUCAGAUUUCUUCUUGUGAAAGUUACACAGAUCUUAGUGUGUUGCAGUUUCACAAGAACGAAUUUGGCUCCAAAAAGAGCCGAAUGCUGCGAGCGGCCGCCUUCUUCCGCAUUCAGACCAUCGCGAAUGGUGUGAAUGCACAUGCCUAGUAGCUACAAAUAAUAACAGAUAUUCCUUUAAUUUGUGGCUUUGUAAAUUCGCUAAUUGUGAAGCCACAAUAUGAACAGCGUAGUUCUCCCUAAAAUGAUGGAUUAAAGAUGCUCUUUUAUAAAAUGUUCUUAGAGUAUUUUACUUACUCAGAUAUUUAUUAAAAGGGGCAUAGUAGCCAUAAUUAAAAUGUUCAUGAGUGAAUUUAAAUUUUGAAUUAAAUAUUUUUUUGCAAUAUACCUGUAUUAGAAAAAAAAUUGCUUCUAGUAAAAACGUGCAUGUCAGUUCAUUAUUGUUGGCUGUGCUGCCCAUAAUUAGCUGAUCCCAUUGUAGAACACAAUUGAUAUGUAUUCCUUGUGACCAUAAGAUAUUUUCUUUUUAUGAGUGUUAAAUGAACAAUCACAUAAAGCAAGAUUAAGAUUA